AUGUUUUAUACUUAUUUUUAAAUAAAAUAAAAAUGUAAAAAAAAGAAUGAAGUAUUGUUAAAUGAUUAAUUAAGUAAUUGAAAAUAAAUUAUAAGAUAAUAAUAAUGAUUCAUUAUUUAUUAUAAUAGUUACGAUGAGUUCAAUAUAAUAUAAAGAGUAAUUUUCAAUAGCUGCUAUUAAGUUUGGAGAAACUCACAGCAAAGAUAAGGCAGAUUUUGUAAAAGGCUUAAGCAUAAUUCAAUGAUCGACAAUAAGAAAUUUAACAGGGCUAUAUUGAAGACUUAAGAUAAUACUGUAAUAUAGUGACAGUUUGUGAAGCAUAAUUAAUCUUAAGUUUAGGAGAGUACGACUUAGGAUAUUUAGGAGAAUUGAUAAAAGUAAUAUUAAAGUGAUAAUCAAGAUUUUAAAUGGAUUUCAUUUAGUAAUCCUGAAUAAUUUAUUAUUAUGGAUUCAAUAAUUCUAAUUGCAUUUAUCUCCACAUCCAAGAAGUGUUCCAUUUGAAUUUUUAAUUUAAUAGAGCAUAAAAGAAAAACAUAAAGUAGCUAAGGUGAAUUAGAGUAGGGCAAGUCUUGAAAUGUCAUAGAUUGGAGAUUUUAUUAGCAAAUUAUCAAUUAAUAGUAGAAGCAUUAUUGAUUCUCAUCCAAGUCCUAAAGAAGUUCCAUAAGGAAUGUAAAUUAUGGAAGAGGAAAAAGAAAAAAUUAGAGAUAAAAUGAAAAAUAAUUAAAAAAUACUUAAAAAAUUAAUAAUAAUGAAAAAUAAGGUUAAUUAAGAAGCAUAAACAAAUAUGACUAGUUUUGAUAUAUUGUUUUUGUAAGAGCAAAAUUAAGAACUUAAAUAAUUAAUUGAUACAACAAGUACAAAUUAUGAAAGAAGAAUAAAAGAGGAAAUUAUUAAGUAUCAAGAAGCUAAAAUAAUUAUGAAAGCAUAGAAGUCUGAAUUAGAUCAUAAAAUAAGUUUGAUUGAAGCUUAAGGAAGUGAAAUAUUGAAAUUAAAGAAUAAAAGAUAAGUAAAUACUUUAAUAAAGAAAUUCAUUUAAAUACCUACAAUUGAAGAGAGGAAUAAAAGAUUUAGUAUAAGUUAAGAUAAAAAUGAUAGAAGCAUAGUAUUUUCGAAUGAAAAAAUUAGAUCUAGUUCUUUACCUAGAAUUGAGAGAAGUUUUGAAAGUUUUAGUAAGAAAAUUGAUUUAUAAAUAUCAAAAAAUUAAAUACCUAAUCAAGAUUGGAAAUACCUUUAUUAAAAAUUAAUGUUACCAUAAGAAUAGAAUUAAUUUAUAAAAGCAUGUUAAUAUGUUGGAUUGUAACAUCCUUCUAAUUUAUUUGAUAAUUAAGAUGAAGGACAAUCGCCAAAAUAUAAUUAAUUCAUAAAAUUAAUUUAAUAAUUAAAAGUAAGACAUUCGUAAUGUAUGCCUAAAUGUGAUCAUUUAAAUUUUUUGUUAUGA